UUAAGUUAAAAAUAAAUAAAUAAUCCUUCCUUUAAUUUUCCACUAAUAUCAAAUCGUAGAAUAUUGUUCCCACCAUUCUUAUCAUCAUCUCCUUGGCAUCACUCGAUUUUUUUAAUCUGUAAUAAUUAUAAUUUUCCUCCGACAUUGGCGUCCAUCUCUCUCGAAGCAUUCCCAAAUCUUCAAAUCUGUGUUCCUGAGAUUCAGAUGUAUCCUUCUCUUGACGAUGAAGAUUUCGUCUCUGAUUUCUUUUGCUUCGAUCAAAGCAGAAAUGGAGCAGAACUCGAUGAUUACACACAGUUUGGUGUAGAUUUGCAGCCUGAUCAAGCAGGUACCUUCCCAGAUUUUGGGUCAUACGGUGUCAAUCUACAGAGCGACCCAGAACAAGUUUUCAGCAUUGGAGAUUUGACAUCGUACGGUGGAGUUUUAACGCAAGAGCCAGGGCAGUUUCGUAACUUUGGUGGGCCAAAUGAUUGUGGAACUGUGCAGGAAGAUGAAGUAGUUGUUAACUCUAGCUCAUCUGGUGGAGCUGUUAAGCAAGAACAAGAACAUGUAGAUGAGGAAUGCUCCAGAAAGCGGGGAAGGACUGGAUCUUGUGUCAGACCAGGAGGAACCAAAGCUUGUCGUGAGAGAUUGAGGAGGGAGAAGCUAAAUGACAAGUUCAUGGAUUUGAGCUCCGUUUUAGAGCCUGGGAGGACUCCGAAGACCGAUAAACCGGCUAUACUCGAUGAUGCGAUCCGUGUCUUGAAUCAACUCAGAGAUGAAGCUCAUGAGCUUGAAGAAACUAAUCAGAAGCUCUUAGAAGAGAUCAAGAGUCUCAAGGCUGAGAAGAAUGAGCUGAGGGAGGAGAAGCAAGCCUUGAAGGCGGAGAAGGAGAAGACGGAACAACAGUUGAAGUCUAUGAUGGUUCCAUCUACAGGGUUCAUGCCUCAGAUUCCAGCGCCAUUUAAUCAGAACAAGAUGGCUGUUUAUCCGAGCUAUGGUUACAUGCCAAUGUGGCAUUACUUGCCUCAAUCCGUUCGUGAUACCUCUCGUGAUCAAGAACUCAGGCCUCCUGCUGCUUAAACUCUCCAUUACAUUACAUAUUAUGUUUGGUACUUGAGAAUUUAGAGAGAUAUCUAAUCCACUUGGUUUUAGGAUUCUUCCGUUUGGCAAGUGUAAAAGCUUUACUCUUUGUCUUGGGUUGUAUUUCAAUAAAAUGCACAUAAACUCCAGAAACUUGUGGUUUCUUGUGGAUUUUUUUGACUGUGA